GUUGGUGUGUACAUUUUUUUGUUGAUCUUUUUGCGCCCGGUUGUCUAGAAGCAUCGAAACUAGACGAUGCAGGUUCGUCAUCAGGACUUACUGCGUGAGCGGCUUGCCUUGCUCAUGGACAACCACAAAAUCGCCGACGUCGUGUUUGUUGUGGGAAGGGAAGAGAGGGAUUUCCCCUGCCACAGAAUGGUGUUUGCCGCUCAGUCCAAGGUCUUUGAAGCUAUGUUGUAUGGUGGAAUGAAGGAGGCACACACACGAGAGAUACCUCUUCCUUCAAUCACACCGAGGGUUUUUAGUCUGAUGCGUUGCUACAUGUACACUGGAUGCAUUGAUAUAGAACCAGACGAUGUGUUUCCUGUCAUGGCAGCUGCCGAUCAAUACGACUUGUCGGCACUCAAACGGGAGUGUGGAAAGAUGGCUCAUGAGUGUAUUAACUCAGAAAACGUUGCCACUGCUCUUCGCGAAUCUUCAAUGAUGAGAGAACACUGGCUGACAAGCGAAUGUCUCAAGUUUAUCGAUCAAAACGCUAGUGCUGUUGUUGAAUCGGAUGCAUUUCUUGAUCUGAGUGAGGAAGACAUCAUUAGCAUUAUGCAAAGAGAUUCUGUGGUCUCUGAAGAAAUAGACUUAUUUCAAGCAGUGGUACGAUGGGGUAAAUUUCAACGACAACGGAUGAGUCAACUCGAAGCCGAAGACAAAGUUCCUGCUCUUCCUGUUAUUUUGAAGAGCAUCUUGCCUCACAUUCGUCUCGCUCUGAUUCGUCCUAGCGAUCUCAUCAACAUUGUAAAGCCAACAAAUAUUAUUAGUAUCGAGACCCUAUUUAGUGUGAUGGCAUAUCACGUCACGCCCGAGAAUGUCGACCAUCAUGGAGUCAUGUACCAGCCACGACAAAAACCCUUUAUCGUUCAAGGUGCUCUUGAACAUUGGGGUUACUACGGAGCCGGUGUUCGUCAGUUUACGUAUUUGCCCAAACCCGAGCGAGGAGCAGAAGCAACUGACAAUAAGUCAAUAGUCUACCUUGGCAAGUGUGAAGACAAUGCCGGUUGUCGGUACACCGUAAGCGACAUACCAGCGGGAACAUACUACGUCUGGGUUUGCUGCAUCGAUCUGCCUCACAGUUUAAAGUGUCGUUCGUACGGAUCAUGGGACAACUUCCCUGCUUGCUGGGUAGGAGAAUCUGACGGUAGUUUGUUCUUGGUUCCGACGUGGAUAAGAAGCCAGCCUCAGAAGUUGCCAGCAGGUAGCCACACAUGGAAGUUUGGCUCAAAACCAGAUGGUGGAUUCUUUACAAUUGGAUGGGCUCAGUUUAUAUUCACAACCAACCCAGCCUUUGAACCAGUAGCUGGUCAUCUAUACAAUAUGUAGAUUCCAAGGUUCAAUGGUGUUAAUUAAUAUCAACAGUGAAGAGAAAAGUAUUCUAACUAUUUGUGUUAUGAACAGAGAUCUUGUAUAGAAAGUCAUAUCAUCACAAAUCAUUGUAUCUUCAUAUUGUUAUUAAUUAAUGAUUAUUAUAUUGACUUGACUACAAACUGUAGACUUGCCCUCCUGCCAUGUAAAGUCUAGAAGUUUUAUCUAAACCUCAGACACUCGCACUCCCACGUGACAAUUUGACUACUUACCUUGACCCCGAGUUCUGCUUCCCGUUCCUCUCGAGCACUU